ACAUCUGCGUUCGUUAUUAACAGGAACAUAUCUUGUUUUAGUCCAGCUGGUUUUUAUACCCUCUGCUAUUUUUUAAAGAAACAUUUAAAAGUUAUAUUACGUUAUAGAAUUAUCCGGAUAAAGACGUUCAGCUUUUCAAAUAUGGAUUUCAAGACGCUUUCAGUACCGUGGUCUUCUUUACUCAUAGCACUCCUUUCCUUCAUUUUUAUUGCCGUCAAUGGAGACUUGAGCUACACAGUACCAGAGGAAACGAAGGCACAGUAUGUGAUUGGAAAUCCGGCAAAGGAUCUCGGAAUAGAUGCUGCAGAAUUAAAAUCACGGAAGGCCCGAGUUGAAACGGAGGAUAGCAGUAAGCGGUAUGUUGAUAUUAAUCUUAAUACCGGAAAAUUGGUCGUUGCAGAGACAAUAGACCGGGAAAAGCUCUGUGACUCGAGAAUGAAUUGCAUCCUGAAUUAUGAGCUCGUCUUAGAAAAUCCGCUCGAGCUACAUCGCAUUUCUCUAAACAUUCAGGAUAUCAAUGACAACGCGCCAAUGUUUAUUAAGAAGAGAAUUAGCUUUGAAAUCCGUGAGUCCGCUGAUAAAGGGCAGCGCUUCCGUUUGGAUGAAGCUCACGACUAUGACAUCGGACAAAACGGAGUGAAAGACUAUUCGCUAGAAAAGAACGACAAUUUUGUUUUGUCUGUGAAAGAAAAUAAAAACGGACGGAAAUACGCAGAACUUGUGCUGGAUAAAGAGCUGGAUCGCGAACAGCAGAAAAAUAUCGACUUAAUUCUUACCGCAGUGGAUGGCGGGAUUCCUCAGAGAUCAGGGACUGCUGUUAUACACAUCACUGUGCUUGAUGCUAAUGAUAAUAUUCCAGUGUUCACACAGUCUGUAUAUAAAGUGGUUUUAGCUGAAAACGCACUGAUAGGAACAGAAGUCGUUACUGUGAGCGCAGAAGAUGCAGAUGAAGGAGCAAAUGGCGCAGUGACGUAUGAAUUCAGUCACAUUGCUCAUAAAGCAGCACAAUUAUUUACUAUUCACGAAUUUAGUGGACAAAUUAAUGUGGCUGGAGAUAUCGACUAUGAGGAGGAAAAAUAUUAUGAAAUUGGAAUCCAGGCUAAAGAUGGAUCUGGUUUAGCAUCGACUGCGAGUGUGAUUAUUGAUAUUACUGAUGUCAAUGACAAUGCUCCUAAAAUUGUUCUUAAAUCUCUAAAUACUCCUCUACCUGAAAAUGUUAUUGUAGGCACUGAGGUGGCUAUUAUAAAUGUUCAGGAUAAAGAUUCAGGAGAUAAUCGACAGAUCCGUUGUGCAGUCCAGGGAAAUGUUCCUUUUCAAUUAAAUCCAUCGAUCAAAAAUUAUUUUUCACUGGCAACUACAAGCAUACUCGAUCGAGAGAUGGAAGAAUAUUAUAACAUAACAAUCAUUGCUAGUGAUGGAGGCUCUCCGCCUUUAUCCUCAUACAUGAUCAUCCAUAUAACUUUAUCAGAUAUCAAUGACAAUCCUCCUGUUUUUGAACAGCAAUCCUACACUGCAAAUGUAAUUGAAAAUAACAAACCAGGAACCUCUGUUACUUCUGUUUCUGCAACAGACCCAGACUGGAGGCAGAAUGGUACAGUACUGUAUUCUCUGGUGCCCAGUGAGAUAAACAGUUUUCCUGUGUCCUCAUAUUUGUUUAUUAACUCAGAUACUGGAGUGAUCCAUGCUGUAAGGUCAUUUGACUAUGAAAAGUUUAGAGACUUCAAAGUCCAGAUUGUAGCCAGAGACAAUGGUUCUCCUCCACUCAGCACCAAUGUAACUGUGAGUGUGUUCAUAUCAGAUGAGAAUGAUAAUGCUCCACAGAUAUUAUACCCUGCUUCAGAAGGAAAGUCUUUAAUGACUGAGAUGGUUCCAAAAUCUGCCCUCUCUGGAUCUCUGCUCUCCAAAGUUAUUUCUGUGGAUGCAGACUCUGGACAGAAUGCAUGGUUGUCAUAUCAGAUCAUGAAGUCUACUGAUCCAGGACUUUUCACUAUUGGUCUCCAUAGUGGAGAAAUCAGGGCUCAGAGGGACAUUACUGAAUCUGACAGCAUGAAGCAGAAUCUUGUUAUCUUGGUGAAAGAUAAUGGACAACCACCUCUCUCUGCUACGUGUUCUGUAUAUUUACUUAUUUCUGAUAAUCUUGCUGAAGUCCCAGACCUUAAAGACAUAACUUAUGAGGAGAACAAUUCCAAAUUGACUUUUUAUUUGAUAAUCGCACUGGUUUCUGUCUCCACCUUUUUCUUGACUUUCAUUAUUCUGAUCCUGGCUGUGAGGUUUUGCCACAGGAGAAAACCCAGACUGUUGUUUGAUGGAGCAGUGGCUAUUCCCAGUGCAUAUCUCCCUCCCAACUAUGCAGAAGUGGAGGGAGCUGGAACUCUCCGCAGUUCUUACAAUUAUGACACGUAUCUAACUACAGGAUCACGCACUAGUGACUUCAAGUUCAUCACAUCUUACAAUGACACCACACUUACUGCUGGAGGAACUCUGCAGAAGGUUCAAAAUGAGACUUUAGCUGCAAAUUUAAUUACCCUUAACACAGGAGAGGGAGACGAGGACUAAUCUUUAGUUGUUUAUUAUGGUGCUUGUGAGAAUCAUGAUUUGCAUGUGUAAUUCUUAAAAAUAACCUUUUUUUAAUCAUUAGUCGAAAUCUUAUUGAUGUAUUCAGCUAUAGUGUGAUCUGAUAAACACAUUGCAUGUGAAUUGGGAUUGGUAUGUUUAUUAGUAACCUAUGAAUAAUGUCACACAAAUUUCAUAACAUAAACAUGUUUCACCUAAAACAUUUGUGCAUACCUUAUAUUAAGUGUUCAUUCUACCUGUACAAAUAUGCAUAAGCACUCCAUGUACUUUUAAUGUACCUAGUAAAGUGUUUAAUGAUAGAAUUUAUCAUUAGAAUGUAUAACAAAGGUUUUGCUUGUACACAAAGGUAGAUUUAGCAGUAUAUUUAAAAAAAUUGUAAAUGUUUGUCAUCAUGUAAUGGCAAAUUGAAUUAAAACAUGUAUACUGAAUCA